UAUUUGGUUUUUCUAACUUUGCUAUGGUUUAGCCAUGUACAAAUGGAUCGUGCCUGUGCUAUUGCUGUUCGUGAUAGCACCUGAAUGAAAAUUGAUUUUGUAUAUUCCAAUUGAAGAGUUCUAUUUAUAUUUUGAUUCUAGUCGGUAGUUAGAAUAUUUAAAUUUAUUCAAAUGCAGUCAGAGAAUGACGAGUCGUGGUUGACGGGAUGGGAACAACAAUGUAUCGAGGCAGUUCAAAAUGAGACUGAUUAUGAGGAAGUCCUAAAUUCCCAGACAGAUACUGUGCAAAGAAAUGUUUGGAGUGCUUUUCAAGACUCUGCUACAGCAGUUGCACAACUUUAUAGGGAAAGACAUACUGAUGUUACAGGAGCUCUAUGGGUUCCAUUUCAAACUGCGGCAGGGACUGUAACAAGUCUAUAUAAAGAAUCCAGUGAUGGAAUCCGUCGCACAGGUGAAGUUGCUUUGCAAUGUGGCUAUCAGAAAAGAACGAGGGAUAUAAUGAAUUGGGCCAGGAAGCGCAGGCGUACUAUAAGACGAGAGGAUUUAUUAGCAUAUUUAGCAGGAAAGCCACCACCCCCACGUGCUGCUACUCACAGAUGUUCUCCAAAACCAUGUACGUUAUCUACUCAACCUGAAACUUUGCCUUUAUCGCAACUGGGACCAGUAAUUAGCCCUGUUGCAACCACAUUGGGUCCUGAUGCAGAAUUGCAUACUUUUCGAGAAGCACUUGCCAUGAGUUCUUUGAGUGGACGACGUGCUCGACAUGGUCCUGAGUUAUAUGCCUUUGUAACUGGUGAAAUAGCAAGACACUGUAAAAGACCAGCCAGUCCUGGUGAUGUCAAUAUGGAGUCUCCCACACAUCAUAGUAAGCGGGUGCGGUUUAUGUAAACUG